AUGGCCUCUCCCAGCCUGGACAGCCUGGAGCUUCUGGACCUUCUGUUCGACCGGCAGGACGGGGUCCUCCGCAGUGUGGAGCUGGGGUCCAUGGCAGCAACUUGGACGGGACGAGAGGACAGUCUAGAAAAUGACGAUUUCCUGACUUCCAUCUUGGGGCCCGUAGACCCCACCCUUGACUCCCCGAGCUGGUCUCCUGCUGCCAGCGAUAGCGGCCUCUCAGAGGACCCAAGCUCUGACCAGCUGGACAGUCCUCCACACUACGUCCCAACUGGAAGCCCGGGGGCCUACUCCGAUGGAGGGUGCAGCGAUCUGUCUUACGCACUUUACCAGGACUCCUGCCAAGCCAUGCCCGCCUUGAAAAUACCAGGGGAGAACCUGCGAGAGACAGAGGUGGCUAUAGAUUUUGAUAUUUGGGAAGCAGGCUUUUAUCCGGAAAAGCAGGAACUGGCUACUCCCCAUCUGAACUCACCUUCAUGCACGUUGACAGUAAAGGAUCUUUUGCUGUCGAACAACUGUGAUACGCAUCAGCAGGCAAUGGCCCCGUCCCUGAUGCGGCAAAACCCCGGAUGUUGCCAGGAACUGGUCUUGACAGAGGAUGAGAAGAAAUUGCUGGCCAAAGAAGGCGUGACGCUGCCCACUCAGCUGCCCCUCACCAAGUAUGAGGAAAGGGUGCUCAAGAAGAUCAGGAGAAAGAUCCGGAACAAGCAGUCGGCACAGGAAAGUCGGAAGAAGAAAAAGGAGUAUAUUGACGGGUUGGAGUCCCGGAUGUCUGCCUGUACGGCUCAGAACCAGGAGCUACAAAGGAAAGUUGUUCAUUUGGAGAAACAAAACUUGUCUCUCCUCCAGCAGCUGAAGAAACUUCAAGCUUUGGUGAUCCAGUCCAGCAGCAAAGCAGCUCAGACUGGAACUUGUGUGGCGGUCCUCCUGCUCUCCUUUGCCCUGAUUGUUUUCCCGUCCAUCAGCCCUUUUGCUCACAACAAGGCCGAGACGGAAGGCGACUUCAUACCUGUGAGAGUUUUUUCCAGGUCCCUCCACAACGACGCUUCCUCCAGAGUAGUCCCCUCCCUCGCCAGAGAUGCCGAUUUACGCGCCAAGGAGCCAGAGAAACCUCUGGGGACCGAGUAUGCCAACGAAGGGCAGAGCGGGCAGGAGGAAGAAACCCUUGGCCAUUUCAUCGGAAGCCACUCACUGUCCAGUUCCCACAAGGCCAUUGAGGCUGUCUUGAAGAACGGCACGGAGUCCUUCUCAGAAGGGGGCCCCCUGGACUUGGAGGGACUCGGGCACGACGACCACAUCCACGGGCACGGCUUGGCGUCGGUGGCAUGGACAGAGUCCGGUCACCCCGGCACAAGGGUCCUGGAGCAGGCCGAAGAGCUGUGA